CUUUCCAUCACCCCACCCCAUUCUCCCGCUUUCCAUCACCCCGCCCCCUUCUCCCGCUUUCCAUCACCCCGCCCCAUUCUCCCGCUUUCCAUCACCCCGCCCCAUUCUCCCGCUUUCCAUCACCCCGCCCCAUUCUCCCGCUUUCCAUCACCCCGCCCCAUUCUCCCGCUUUCCAUCACCCCGCCCCAUUCUCCCGCUUUCCAUCACCCCGCCCCAUUCUCCCGCUUUCCAUCACCCCGCCCCAUUCUCCCGCUUUCCAUCACCCCGCCCCCUUCUUUCGCAUUCCAUCACCCCGCCCCAUUCUCCCGCUUUCCAUCACCCCGCCCCCUUCUCUCGCUUUCCAUCACCUCGCCCCAUUCUCCCGCUUUCCAUCACCCCGCCCCAUUCUCCCGCUUUCCAUAACCCCGCCCCAUUCUCCCGCUUUCCAUCACCCCGCCCCCUUCUCCCGCUUUCCAUCACCCCGCCCCAUUCUCCCGCUUUCCAUCGCCCCGCCCCAUUCUCCCGCUUUCCAUCACCCCGCCCCAUUCUCCCGCUUUCCAUAACCCCGCCCCAUUCUCCCGCUUUCCAUCACCCCGCCCCCUUCUUUCGCAUUCCAUCACCCCGCCCCAUUCUCCCGCUUUCCAUCACCCCGCCCCCUUCUCCCGCUUUCCAUCACCCCGCCUCAUUCUCCCGCUUUCCAUCGCCCCGCCCCAUUCUCCCUCCUUCCAUCACCCCGCCCCAUUCUCCUGCUUUCCAUCACCUCGCCCCAUUCUCCCGCUUUCCAUCACCCCGCUCCAUUCUCCUGCUUUCCAUCACCCCGCCCCCUUCUCCUGCUUUCCAUCACCCCGCCCCAUUCUCCCGCUUUCCAUCACCCCGCCACAUUCUCCCGCUUUCCAUCACCCCGCCCCAUUCUCCCGUUUUCUAUCAUCCCGCCCCAUUCUCCCGCUUUCCAUCACCCCGCCCCAUUCUCCCGCUUUCCAUCACCCCGCCUCAUUCUCCCGCUUUCCAUCACCCCGCCCCCUUCUCAAGCUUUCCAUCACCCCGCCCCAUUCUCCCGCUUUCCAUCACCCCGCCCCCUUCUCCCGCUUUCCAUCACCCCGCCCCAUUCUCCCGCUUUCCAUCACCCCGCCCCAUUCUCCCGCUUUCCAUCACCCCGCCCCAUUCUCCCGCUUUCCAUCACCCCGCCCCAUUCUCCCGCUUUCCAUCACCCCGCCCCAUUCUCCCGCUUUCCAUCACCCCGCCCCAUUCUCCCGCUUUCCAUCACCCCGCCCCAUUCUCCCGCUUUCCAUCACCCCGCCCCCUUCUUUCGCAUUCCAUCACCCCGCCCCAUUCUCCCGCUUUCCAUCACCCCGCCCCCUUCUCUCGCUUUCCAUCACCUCGCCCCAUUCUCCCGCUUUCCAUCACCCCGCCCCAUUCUCCCGCUUUCCAUAACCCCGCCCCAUUCUCCCGCUUUCCAUCACCCCGCCCCCUUCUCCCGCUUUCCAUCACCCCGCCCCAUUCUCCCGCUUUCCAUCGCCCCGCCCCAUUCUCCCGCUUUCCAUCACCCCGCCCCAUUCUCCCGCUUUCCAUAACCCCGCCCCAUUCUCCCGCUUUCCAUCACCCCGCCCCCUUCUUUCGCAUUCCAUCACCCCGCCCCAUUCUCCCGCUUUCCAUCACCCCGCCCCCUUCUCCCGCUUUCCAUCACCCCGCCUCAUUCUCCCGCUUUCCAUCGCCCCGCCCCAUUCUCCCUCCUUCCAUCACCCCGCCCCAUUCUCCUGCUUUCCAUCACCUCGCCCCAUUCUCCCGCUUUCCAUCACCCCGCUCCAUUCUCCUGCUUUCCAUCACCCCGCCCCCUUCUCCUGCUUUCCAUCACCCCGCCCCAUUCUCCCGCUUUCCAUCACCCCGCCACAUUCUCCCGCUUUCCAUCACCCCGCCCCAUUCUCCCGUUUUCUAUCAUCCCGCCCCAUUCUCCCGCUUUCCAUCACCCCGCCCCAUUCUCCCGCUUUCCAUCACCCCGCCUCAUUCUCCCGCUUUCCAUCACCCCGCCCCCUUCUCAAGCUUUCCAUCACCCCGCCCCAUUCUCCCGCUUUCCAUCACCCCGCCCCCUUCUCCCGCUUUCCAUCACCCCGCCCCAUUCUCCCGCUUUCCAUCACCCCGCCCCAUUCUCCCGCUUUCCAUCACCCCGCCCCAUUCUCCCGCUUUCCAUCACCCCGCCCCAUUCUCCCGCUUUCCAUCACCCCGCCCCAUUCUCCCGCUUUCCAUCACCCCGCCCCAUUCUCCCGCUUUCCAUCACCCCGCCCCAUUCUCCCGCUUUCCAUCACCCCGCCCCCUUCUUUCGCAUUCCAUCACCCCGCCCCAUUCUCCCGCUUUCCAUCACCCCGCCCCCUUCUCUCGCUUUCCAUCACCUCGCCCCAUUCUCCCGCUUUCCAUCACCCCGCCCCAUUCUCCCGCUUUCCAUAACCCCGCCCCAUUCUCCCGCUUUCCAUCACCCCGCCCCCUUCUCCCGCUUUCCAUCACCCCGCCCCAUUCUCCCGCUUUCCAUCGCCCCGCCCCAUUCUCCCGCUUUCCAUCACCCCGCCCCAUUCUCCCGCUUUCCAUAACCCCGCCCCAUUCUCCCGCUUUCCAUCACCCCGCCCCCUUCUUUCGCAUUCCAUCACCCCGCCCCAUUCUCCCGCUUUCCAUCACCCCGCCCCCUUCUCCCGCUUUCCAUCACCCCGCCUCAUUCUCCCGCUUUCCAUCGCCCCGCCCCAUUCUCCCUCCUUCCAUCACCCCGCCCCAUUCUCCUGCUUUCCAUCACCUCGCCCCAUUCUCCCGCUUUCCAUCACCCCGCUCCAUUCUCCUGCUUUCCAUCACCCCGCCCCAUUCUCCCUCCUUCCAUCACCCCGCCCCAUUCUCCCGCUUUCCAUCACCCCGCCCCAUUCUCCCGCCUUCCAUCACCCCGCCCCAUUCUCCCUCCUUCCAUCACUCCGCCCCAUUCUCCCGCUUUCCAUCACUCAGCCCCAUUCUCCCGCUUUCCAUCACCCCGCCCCAUUCUCCCGCUUUCCAUCACCCCGCCCCAUUCUCUCGCUUUCCAUCACCCCGACCCAUUCUCCCGCUUUCCAUCAUCCCACCCCUUUCUCCCUCCUUCCAUCACCACACCCCAUUCUCCCGCUUUCAAUCACCCCGCCCCAUUCUCCCGCUUUCCAUCACCCCGCCCCCUUCUCCCGCUUUCCAUCACCCCGCCCCCUUCUCCCGCUUUCCAUCACCCCGCCCCAUUCUCCCGCUUUCCAUCACCCCGCCCCAUUCUCCCGCUUUCCAUCACCCCGCCCCCUUCUUUCGCAUUCCAUCACCCCGCCCCAUUCUCCUGCUUUCCAUCACCCCGCCCCCUUCUCCCGCUUUCCAUCACCCCGCCCCAUUCUCCCGCUUCCCAUCACCCCGCCCCAUUCUCCCGCCUUCCAUCACCCCGCCCCAUUCCCCCUCCUUUCAUCACCCCGCCCCAUUCUCCCUCCUUCCAUCACUCCGCCCCAUUCUCCCGCUUUCCAUCACUCAGCCCCAUUCUCCCGCUUUCCAUCACCCCGCCCCAUUCUCCCGCUUUCCAUCACCCCGCCCCAUUCUCCCGCUUUCCAUCACCCCGCCCCAUUCUCCCGCUUUCCAUCACCCCGCCCCAUUCUCCCGCUUUCCAUCACCCCGCCCCAUUCUCCCGCUUUCCAUCACCCCGCCCCCUUCUCCCGCUUUCCAUCACCCCGCCCCAUUCUCCCUCCUUCCAUCACCCCGCCCCAUUCUCCCUCCUUCCAUCACCCCGCCCCAUUCUCCCGCUUUCCAUCACCCCACCCCAUUCUCCCGCUUUCCAUCACCCCGCCCCCUUCUCCCGCUUUCCAUCACCCCGCCCCAUUCUCCCGCUUUCAAUCACCCCGCCCCAUUCUCCCCCUUUCCAUCACCCCGCCCCAUUCUCCUGCUUUCCAUCACCCCGCCCCAUUCUCCUGCUUUCCAUCACCCCGCCCUAUUCUCCCGCUUUCCAUCACCCCGCCCCAUUGUCCCGCUUUCCAUCACCCCACCCCAUUCUCCCGCUUUCCAUCACCCCGCCCCAUUCUCCCGCUUUCCAUCACCCCGCCCCAUUCUCCCGCUUUCCAUCACCCCGCCCCAUUCUCCCUCCUUCCAUCACCCCACCCCAUUCUCCCUCCUUCCAUCACCCCUCCCCAUUCUCCCUCCUUCCAUCACCCCGCCCUAUUCUCCCGCUUUCCAUCACCCCGCCCCCUUCUCCCGCUUUCCAUCACCCCGCCCCAUUCUCCCGCUUUCCAUCACCCCGCCCCAUUCUCCCGCUUUCCAUAACCCCGCCCCAUUCUCCCCCUUUCCAUCACCCCGCCCCCUUCUUUCGCAUUCCAUCACCCCGCCCCAUUCUCCCGCUUUCCAUCACCCCGCCCCCUUCUCCCGCUUUCCAUCACCCCGCCCAAUUCUCCCGCUUUCCAUCACCCCGCCACAUUCUCCCUCCUUCCAUCACCCCGCCCCAUUCUCCUGCUUUCCAUCACCCCGCCCCAUUCUCCCGCUUUCCAUCACCCUGCCCCAUUCUCCCGUUUUCCAUCACCCCGCCCCCUUCUCCCGCUUUCCAUCACCCCGCCCAAUUCUCCCGCUUUCCAUCACCCCGCCCCCUUCUCCCGCUUUCCAUCACCCCGCCCCAUUCUCCCGCUUUCCAUCACCCCGCCACAUUCUCCCGCUUUCCAUCACCCCGCCCCAUUCUCCCGUUUUCUAUCAUCCCGCCCCAUUCUCCCGCUUUCCAUCACCCCGCCCCAUUCUCCCGCUUUCCAUCACCCCGCCUCAUUCUCCCGCUUUCCAUCACCCCGCCCCCUUCUCAAGCUUUCCAUCACCCCGCCCCAUUCUCCCGCUUUCCAUCACCCCGCCCCCUUCUUUCGCAUUCCAUCACCCCGCCCCAUUCUCCCGCUUUCCAUCACCCUGCCCCCUUCUCCCGCUUUCCAUCACCCCGCCCCAUUCUCCCGCUUUCCAUCACCCCACCCCAUUCUCCCUCCUUCCAUCACCCCGCCCCAUUCUCCCGCUUUCCAUCACCCCGCCCCAUUCUCCCGCUUUCCAUCACCCCGCCCCAUUCUCCCGCUUUCCAUCACCCCGCCCCCUUCUUUGCAUUCCAUCACCCCGCCCCAUUCUCCCGCUUUCCAUCACCCCGCCCCCUUCUCCCUCUUUCCAUCACCCCGCCCCAUUCUCCCGCUUUCCAUCACCCCGCCCCAUUCUCCCGCUUUCCAUAACCCCGCCCCAUUCUCCCGCUUUCCAUCACCUCGCCCCCUUCUUUCGCAUUCCAUCACCCCGCCCCAUUCUCCCGCUUUCCAUCACCCCGCCCCCUUCUCCCGCUUUCCAUCACCCCGCCCCAUUCUCCCGCUUUCCAUCGCCCCGCCCCAUUCUCCCUCCUUCUAUCACCCCGCUCCAUUCUCCUGCUUUCCAUCACCCCGCCCCAUUCUCCCGCUUUCCAUCACCCCGCCCCAUUCUCCUGCUUUCCAUCACCCCGCCCCAUUCUCCCUCCUUCCAUCACCCCGCCCCAUUCUCCCGCUUUCCAUCACCCCGCCCCAUUCUCCCGCCUUCCAUCACCCCGCCCCAUUCCCCCUCCUUUCAUCACCCCGCCCCAUUCUCCCUCCUUCCAUCACUCCGCCCCAUUCUCCCGCUUUCCAUCACUCAGCCCCAUUCUCCCGCUUUCCAUCACCCCGCCCCAUUCUCCCGCUUUCCAUCACCCCGCCCCAUUCUCUCGCUUUCCAUCACCCCGACCCAUUCUCCCACUUUCCAUCAUCCCACCCCUUUCUCCCUCCUUCCAUCACCACACCCCAUUCUCCCGCUUUCCAUCACCCCGCCCCAUUCUCCCGCUUUCCAUCACCCCGCCCCCUUCUCCCGCUUUCCAUCACCCCGCCCCAUUCUCCCGCUUUCAAUCACCCCGCCCCAUUCUCCCCCUUUCCAUCACCCCGCCCCAUUCUCCCGCUUUCCAUGA